AUGAUUUUUGAUCUCCCACUUCCACGAUUCGUGAAGAUGCGAAAUCUCGAGGAGAACGAAGUGAUCAAGCAGGAUUUCAAUGAACAAAAUUCCGCCGAUCGCCUCAAUUUGAACGAUCCAACUUUUUGGAGCGCAUUUGCUAGGAAUUUUCGAGCACAAGUGGAUGACGAUGAUGAGAAACAGACGAGCUCCCGGAUCUUUUGUGAUGUUCAAAAUUGUGACGCGAGUUUCGAGGAAAUUGCUGACUACGAGGAUCACUAUGAACGAAAACACAAACACCAGUGCUUAAUCUGCCAAAAAUCGUUCACAAAUGCGCACGGAUUGGAGAUUCAUUUUGAUGAGAAUCACUCGGUUCUGUUCAAGGUGAAUUUGACAAGGGAAACGGGAUUUCCGCGUUAUCGAUGUCUAUCUGAUAAGUACAUGUCCGGGUACAAAUAUACGGCGCUGAAUUUCGAUGAAGAUGAUGAAGGCCCGUCGACGAGUGCUGCUCGAAACAAUCAACCGGAGAACAAUUUCGAGGAGAUUCUCUUCAAACAAAAACAAAUCAUCAGAGAUCAAGAUGAUGACCUUGACUUGGUCAGCAAAUCGGUGGGCACAUUGAAGAAUAUGAGCUACAAGAUUCACGAUGAAUUGGAAGAACAGAAUAUAAUGUUGGACGAGUUGGGGAAUGAGAUGGAACGAGUUGAUACGAAGCUUGAUGGAGUGAUGAAGAAGAUUGCAAAAUUGACGAAUCUGGAUGACGAUAAACGCCAAUGCAAGAUGAUUCUCAUCCUCAGCUGUCUAUUAUUUUUCCUCGUAUUGAUUUUGAUCAUUAUC